AUGGAGGCGGCGGUGGCGGGCUGCGAGCACUAUACCCGGGGCUGUGAGCUGAGGGCUCCUUGCUGUGGUAAAUUUUACACUUGUCGAUUGUGCCAUGACAACAAAGAAACACAUAAGAUGGACCGUUUCAAGGUCGUGGAGGUCCAAUGUUUGAAGUGCAAGUGCAUUCAGAAGGCUCAAAAAAGUUUGUGAGCAUUGUAAUCAUGUUUUUCGGAGACUACUACUGCGAUAUAUGUCAUCUCUUUGACAAAGACAAGAAGCAGUAUCAUUGUGAAGGAUGCGGUAUUUGCAGGAUUGGCCCAAAGGAACAGUUUGAGCAUUGUGCAAAGUGUAACUUAUGUCUGCCGUUAAGCUUCAGAGGAAACCACAAGUGCAUAGAAAAUGUCUCAAGACAAGACUGUCCUAUAUGUUUAGAGGAUAUCCAUACCUCCAGAGUGGGAGCACGUGUGCUUCCUUGUGGACAUCUCCUACACAGUCCAUGCUACGAGGACAUGCUAAAACAAGGAUACAGGUGUCCGCUGUGCAUGCGUUCAGUAUUGGACAUGUCACAGUACUGGCGCCGAUUGGAUGAAGAAGUGGCUCAAACACCAAUGCCCUCGGAAUAUCAAAAUAUGACUGUCAAUAUUCUUUGCAAUGACUGCAGUAAAAGAUCUACGGUGCCCUUCCACGUUCUGGGGAUGAAAUGCGAGAUCUGCAAGUCAUACAAUACCACACAAGAAGGGAAACUUCUAUCACAGUCCGCAACUCCAUAA